AGCAGGAGGGGAUAAAACUCAAAGCUGUUGACUUGCUACCGUUCCUAGACUUUGUCAAACGAAAAAAUUGGCAAAUGGAGUUCUUUUCUCUUGGCCAAAACCAGUAUCUGGUCACCUCUAUACAUGAGCACUGGUUCUGCGCUCGUUGUGUCAAUACAUCAAAGCCUGGUGGGGAAGGAGUCAUUGUCAUGCAGACUGGCUCAUUCUUGUUAGUUGCAAUGUAUGAAGGCUCUCUUGGUUCGGCUCCACAAGCAAUGGUUGCAGUUGACCACUUGGCAUGGCAGAUGAGCCGAAGAACUCACUAACCUCAGCUUAAAGCAGAAAAAGAGUAUCUUUGUUUUUGCCGCGUCUGCUUCUUCCUCUUCUCGUUUUUUCUUAUCUGACUUACUAUUUCGAUUUCUAGUUUGCAGUUUUAACUUAAUUGUAAAAAUGUACAUGCACGCAAAGUUGUGUCAGGAAUUUUUGGCUUCCUGUUGCAACACAUCCAUGUUAACUCUUUUUUGGGCUAUUUGCACUUUUUCUGUCUAUUCUUGAUGCUUGACUUUUUGGUACUUCAGCGCAAGCUAACAAAGUAGUCCUUGUAAACCUAGCCUACGCCUUUUCAUUUAUAUAUGGGUUUUUUUUUGCA